AUGAAUCCCUCAGUGUCCCUCGGGGUCCUGGAGCAGAAUGAGGAGGAGCACGUGUCCACGCCGAUUCUCGGGCCCUCCAUAUAUUCCGAUAACCCGCAAGAGCGCAUCCAGGCCCGGCGCCUCCGCAUCGCGGCGCGCCUGGAAGCCCGGCGGCGGGAAGCACUUGGAGAAUAUUUAGAUGGUAAGAAGGAGAGUGAGGAAGAGCAAAGCAAGAGCUACAAACAGAAGGAAGAAAGCAGAUUGAAAUUGGCUAAACUGCUGCUGUGUGGCACUGAGUUGGUGACAAACGUCCAGGUGGCGGUGGAUACGAGAGAGGUCCACAGGAGGGUGGAGGAGGAGGAGAUAAAGCGUCAGAGGAUCGAGAAGCUGGAGAACGAAGUGAAGACCAGCCAGGACAAAUUUGAUGAAAUCACGUCCAAGUGGGAGGAGGGCAAGCAGAAGAGAAUUCCCCAGGACCUGUGGGAGGUGCUCAACACUCAGCAGCUGCAGUGUGCCGGGCUGAUUGAGGACAAGAACAAGCUGAUCAGCGAGCUGCAGCAGGAGCUGAAAAUCAAGGAUGACCAGUACGUGAAGGACUUGAAGAAGCAGUCGGAUGACAUCUGCCUGCUUCUGGAGCGGAUGGAGGACCAGGUGAAGGGCAUGAUGAAGAGCUUCCGCCAGGAGCUGCAGCACGUCGAGAAAGCGUUUGAAGUGGAGCGACAGGAGCUGCUGAGCAGCAAUAAGAAGAAAUGGGAGCGGGCGCUGCAGGCGCACAAUGCCAAAGAGCUGGAGUAUCUCAUCAACCGCCUUAAGAAGGUGGAGGACUACGAGAAGCAGCUGAACAGGCAGAGUGUCUGGGAUUGCGAAGAGCACAACAUGAUCAAGGUCAAGCUGGAGCAGGACGUGCAGAUUCUUGAGCAACAGCUUCAGCAGAUGAAGGCAAUUCAUCAGCUGAACCGCGAGAAGCUGGAGUACAACUUCCAGGUGCUGAAGAAGCGAGACGAGGAAAACACGGUGAUUAAAUCGCAGCAGAAGCGGAAGAUCAACCGCCUGCACGACAUACUCAACAACCUGAGGUCCAAGUACGCCAGGCAGGUGAAGCAGUUUCAGGAGGAGAACCAGGCUCUGGCGAGCGACUACAGGCGCCUGGUGAUGCAGUUCAAGGAGCUGCAGAAAGCCAAGAGGCACUUUGCCGUCACCGACGAUGAGAAGUUCCAGGAGAUUUGGCUGUUGAAUGAGGAGGAGGCCAAGGCGCUCAUAGGCCGAGCCUUUGAUGUCGACAGGAUCAUCCACACCCACCACCUGGGGCUCCCCUGGACGGCGCCUGACACCUCGCUCCUGAAGAACGUGGGGCCCCUCUCUCAGAAGCGGCAGCGCAAGUCUGCCGCACAAGUUCUGGGAGAGGUGCUGCUGGGAGCAGAGGAGGAAGGCGCAGAAGCGGCCGUCUCGGAGGCCGAGUCCUACCUGGACCUGCCCAAGCAGAUUUCAGCAAAAACCACCAGGAAGAUCCUGAUGCUCCUGUGUGACGAGUCGGGUUUCCUCAUAGAGAGCAAGCUGAUGAGCCUCCUCCUGCCCCUGGAGACGAGCGAGUGCUACCUGCUGCGGCUGGACGCCAUCUUCUCGGCCCUGGGGAUCGAAAGCGAGGAGGACCUGUACAAGCUGGUGCACUUCUUCCUGAAAUACCGGGCUCACCAUCUGUCCUCCAGCCAGAUCGCCCCCUCAGACCAAGUGAACGCAGAGCGGCUGAGCACGGUGUCGGUCAUGGAGCAGACGAGCUUGGUGUCCGUGCCCGAGCACUUGAGCUUGACGUCAGCCUCCGAGGAGGAGCUGGCCGAGCAGACGGCGCCCGAGGGAGAGGCGGAGAGCCCGGUGGAAGGGGAGCAGGCAGAGAGGGAGAGCCCGCCUUCCCCCAAGCUCAUCCACCCCAACGACGUCCUCAAGGUGCUGGAGGCCUUUGUCAUGGGCCUGCGGAAGCCCAGGGACGCCCGGGCACCGCGGAGGAUGUGGAAGCAGGAGCGCGAUGACUCAGAAGACUCCAAGUACUGGAGGGCGCUGACCACGGUCAUCCCUUCCUCCAAGCAGAACCUCUGGGAUGCUCUCUACACAGCCCUGGAGAAGUACCACCUCGUGCUUACCCAGAGGGCCAAGCUGCUGCUGGAGAACGAGUCCCUGGAGAAGCAGAACACGGAGCUGCAGCAGCUGCUGCGACAGUAUCUCAACGCCCAGAUAAACUCGGAACUGCAGGUUCCUCCGACUCAGGUGUUCCGGGUCCCCACGAAAUAGCAGCAGACCUCAAUCGGCUGAGUGUUAGGGCUGGCCCCCUCCUGGGCCCUGUGCCUGGGCCCACCCCCUGGGUCUCCCAGAGAUUGCUUCAUGAGCCCAUCAGAACAGGGCAACGAGGGGC